AGGUUAAAGACAAAACAAACUGAUUUUGAACUACGCAAACCCAAACACGGACUCGAGUUCACUCAUUUGACUCAAACAUGGCAGCAGCAGCCACUUCAUCAUCACCAUCUACACUAACAUCAUCGCCGGUGACGGAGGAAGAGCUUACACUGACGGUAAAAUGGAGCGGAAAAGAGUACACGGUUCGAGUCUGCGGCGAUGACUCAGUCGGCGAGUUGAAACGCCGAAUAUGUGAACUCACUAAUGUCUUACCUAAAAGACAAAAGCUUUUGUAUCCUAAAAUUGGUAACAAGCUUGCUAACGACGACGUUUUGCUCUCUCAACUUCCCCUUAAAUCUUCUCUCAAGAUGACCAUGAUCGGAACUGUUGAAGAUGAUAUAAUUGUGGAUCAAGUUGACUCACCAGAGAUUGUGGAUGAUUUUGAACUUGGACAAGAUGAAGCUGUAGAUAUUAAAGAUAAGGAAGUUAACAAGCAAAAGCUAAGGCGAAGAGCUGAUCAGUAUAAGAUUGAAAUUCGGAAUCCAUGUCGUGAAGGGAAAAACCUUCUCGUCCUAGAUAUUGAUUAUACCCUAUUUGAUCACCGAUCCACAGCGGAGAACCCACUCGAACUCAUGCGCCCUUAUCUUCAUGAGUUUCUCACAGCCGCUUAUGCAGAGUAUGAUAUUAUGAUAUGGUCUGCAACCAGCAUGAAAUGGGUAGAAUUGAAGAUGGGACAACUUGGGGUGCUCAGCAAUCCCAACUACAAAAUCACUGCUCUUUUGGACCAUUUAGCAAUGAUUACGGUUCAAUCAGAUUCUCGAGGGAUCUUUGAUUGCAAGCCACUUGGAUUGAUUUGGGCCCAGUUGCCUGAGUUUUACGGUCCAAAGAACACUAUUAUGUUUGAUGAUCUAAGAAGAAAUUUUGUGAUGAACCCGCAUAAUGGCUUGACUAUCAAACCAUUCAGGAAGGCUCAUGCAAAUAGAGAUAGUGAUCAAGAACUGGUGAAGCUAACUCAAUACUUGCUUGCGAUUGCGGAUCUUGACGAUUUAAGCAUCUUGGAUCAUGCAAAAUGGGAAUUUUUUGCUGAGGACAACACAAAAAGACGUAGGCACGCAUGAUUAACAUUAACAUUCUUGGAAAUCAUAAAGCUUAUGAGUUAUCUUAACUUUCAGGUACUAAUAUAUUAUUUCUUUAAAUAUUAAUAGUAUGGAGUAUCUAUCAGUAUUCAACCAUAUGUGAUAUAAACCUUGUCACCAAGAUUAUUGCUUGAUAUCAGUAAGCAAUUAUAUGGAUUUUGGAUAUUUAUGUACAUCAAAACAAUGGCCUAAGCCCGUUUAAUUUAGCAUUUUUCUAUCA